AUGAUACUUAAAUUAUUUGUAACUGGAGGUUCGGGAUAUUUAGGACGUAAUUUUAUUCAAUAUGCUUUAUCACAAAAUGAAAAUAUUAAUAUAAAUGCUUUGUCUCGCUCAAGUGUUUCUGAUGAAAUAAUAUUGGAAGCUGCCGGAAAUAUUGAUAAAGGUCGUGAGAGAAUAAAAAUAAUUCGAGGUCAUAUGAAUGAUGAAAACUCACUAAAAGAAGGGUUAAAUGGUGUUAAUGUUAUAGUUCAUAUGGCUGCUAAGGUUCAACCAUAUGGAUAUUAUGAAGAGCAUGAUAAAAUAAAUGUUCUAGGAACAUCAUUAUUACUUUCACUUGUUGAAUCUUUACCAACAUCUAACAAACCUCGAUUUGUUCAUAUAUCUUCCUUUACCGCCCGUUUAAAUGAUCAUUUUCCUAUAGAUUCAUUACCAGAUUGGGCACCAUAUUCUAAAUCAAAAUGUCAUUCAGAGAAAGAAAUUUUAAAGUCAUCAUUUGACGAUAUUAUUAUAUUAAGAUUAGGUUGGUUAUGGGGUAGAGAUGAUAAUGUAUUAGUACCAAUGUUAUAUAAUUUAUGUAGAAAUCCUAUUUGGAAAAUUAUUCCAAAAAGUCAAACAUUAUCAAUUACUCAUAUUACAAAUGCCUGUGAAGCAAUUUAUCUUUCUUGUAUUACUUCAAAUAAGAAUUCAAAAAGAGUUUAUGAAAUUGAGGAUAAUGAAGGAAAAGUUGAAAUGGAUGAUUUUUUAGAAUUUUAUGUUGGUUCAACUUAUAAUAUCAAUCCUUCUAGACCUUCUAAAACCUUUAGAGCGCCAAGAUGGCUGGUUUGGGUUUUUUUUACUUUUGUUGAAUCUAUACCUUUACUUGGCUAUAGUAAGACUUGGAUUUUUGAUGGUAUGAAUAGAGAAUGUUCACUUUGUCUAUAUAAAGAUUAUCAAUUAGAUAGUGCUAAAGCUAAAGAAGAAAUUGGUUACGCUGGUAUAGUUUCAAGAGAACAAGGAAUUUUUGAGUUGGCUGAAUUGGCUAAAAAAAAAUUUCGAACUACUUGA